AUUUGUGGUCAGAACUGAGGUGUGAGGGAUAUAAAAUGUCUGUGUUUAAGACUGAAACACAAGAGUGCAUGAAGCAGAAUUACAGAGUCUACUGCAGAUAAUUGACAGAAUGAAGGCUAUUCUUCUAUUCGUAGUCCUGCUGGUGACCGUUCAGAGCAAAAUAGCAGACCACAGUUUGGGAAAUGGAAAGAACACUGUCCAACCGAUAGGAAAUAUCAUUCGCCAGCACCUUAAAUUUUCCAAGAAGCUCCCAGCUCUGAAUGAAACACAGUCCUUUACUAUGAUGUUUGAAGGCAUCAGAUAUGUUUACUAUAGCAGUCCAAUGAAUUUCUAUGCAGCUGAGGCGCACUGCAGAAGGACACACAAUCGUGGUCACUUGACAUCCAUCCACAGCCAUGCAGAACAAGUGCAACUCCUUAGAAUGCUAAAUGCUAAUAAAAUCAGUGCAUCCGAAGUCUGGAUAGGAGGCAGGCGAAACAUAUUUAGUCGCAGUUUUUACUGGACCGAUGGUUCAAAAUGGAACUACAGCUACUGGCACCGUGGUUCCCCUGCUUACUACUGGUGGUCACGGGUUUGUGUGAUAACAGAAACAAAAGAACCCGGAUACUGGCAUGAUAUAUACUGUACCCACCUCAGGCCUUUCAUCUGUGAAGUUUGAAUGAGAAAACAGAAAGUCGUUAGAAUAUCUGCACCACUCCGUACCUUGCAUCACAUGUUGUGCUACACUUUGACUAACAACUGGCUAGCUGGCUGAAAGACAAAUCAUUUGAAAAUUUUAUGGCAAAGAAUAUUUUUCGUACUGCAAUUGAAGGUAGAUCAGUUUGUGUAGGACUUUGAAGAAUACAAUUUAUUUCUGUAGUGUUUUCAGUCUCAGACUAUUAGCAAUUCUCGUGAUUUAGUUAAAGAACUGAAAACUUGUUUUACUACAGAAUUUGAAAAAGUAUAUAGUUUUAUGAGAGUCCUAUAUUACACAUUCAAAGAAAAACAUUUCUGAUUUCUUUAUGUCAAAAAGAAAGAUUGGGAAUAAAUAGUGGCCCUGACUUUAAUCCUCUGCUUUCCACAUUUCAAAUGCAAUUUUUGCUAAUACUUUUUAGCACUGUGCACUAUAUAUUAGAAUUUAAUAUUACAGAACAGUGAAUAAUUUUUCUGUUGAACCUUUUGGUGAGCAAAAUGAAAAUGCUAUAUAAUUGUAUUUGCAUGUGUACUACUAGUACUUCAGUAAAGGUCGUGCUUUUGGAAACUUUUCAUUUUUUAAUACACUUUAAGGCUAUUGAGUGCUCUAUUCCUCACGGACUGGCUAUAAAUCAUUAAAAUAUAUUCCUAAAAAAUAACAAAUUAUGUCAAAAAAAUAAAAAGCGCCAGAAAAAGAAUA